CGGUAACGCAGACUGAUGCGGUCUGACACAGGAGAGGGUUCCAUCCUGGAUACCAGGGGCCCCCCGGUGCUCUAUAAAUGCAGACCAGGACUGAAGAUUUCAGCACAGAUCCUGCAGACAGCACACCGGAUGAUGUUUGUUCUGGUGUGUGGAGUGAUGCCGUCCCUCAUCCUGACUCUGAUUCUGGGGUCCUCAGUUUCCUUUUGGCCUCGGGCUCCAGCAGCCACCGCCUUCCAUCUGCCACCAUGUCAGCUCAUCAACCAGACGGUGUCAGUGGAGAAGGAGGGUUGUCCCAAAUGCCACCCGGUGCAAACGACCAUCUGCAGCGGAUACUGCAUCACCAAGGAUGCCAACAUUAAGACACCGUUUAACAACAUGUACCAGCACGUGUGCACAUACCACAAACUGUACUACAAGACCUUUGAGCUCCCGGACUGCCCCCCUGGCGUGGACCCGGUCGUCAGCUACCCGGUGGCCGUGAGCUGUUACUGUGGCCGCUGUGCCAUGGAUAAGUCUGACUGCACCUUUGAAAGCCUGCAGCCCGACUUCUGCAUGAACGACAUCCCAUUCUACUAUUAGUCCGAGUGUCCUGCAUCCGGAACUCUCCGGUCCGGUCUGGGUUCUCUGAUGAUGGUCUGCAAUAGCGCGCUUUAAAAUGUGGGGGUGUUCACUUCUUUUAAUAUGCAAAAAUAAAUUGCAUUG